GCUGCCCGCGGCGGCGGCCGCCCGGGCGCAGCAUGCCGGCGCUGCGCCUGCUGUGGCUCGGCUGCCUCGGCAGCCUCUGCCGCGGCUACUUCGACGGCCCGCUGCAGCCCGAGAUGUCCAACGGGAGCCUGCACCACUACUUCGUGCCGGACGGCGACUACGAGGAGAACGACGACCCCGAGCGGUGCCAGCUGCUCUUCAGGGUGAGCGAGCCGCGGCGGUGCGGCGCGGCGGCGGCGGCGGGCGGCCUCAGCCUGCGGGAGGAGCUCACGGUGCUGGGCCGGCAGGUGGAGGACGCGGGCCGGGUGCUGGAGGGCAUCGGCCGCAGCAUCUCCUACGACCUGGACGGGGAGGAGAGCUACAGCCAGUACCUGCGCCGCGAGGCCGCGCAGAUCGGCGACGCCUACUCCAGCUCGGAGCGGGCGCUGAGCGAGCUGGAGAGCAAGUUCCGGCAGGGCCGCGAGCCCGAGGGCCGCGACGGCGCCCGCCCCGGCGACGCCUGCCUGGGGCUGCUGCUGCGCGCCCGCGCCCUGCUGCGCGACACGCUGCGCGUCUCCAGCGGGCUGCGCGACAAGCACGACCUGCUCAGCCUCACCGUGCGCAGCCACGGCGCCCGCCUCAGCCGCCUCCGCAGCGACUACCUGCGCGCCUGAGCGCCGCGCGGGCGCGGACACGGCCCCCGCGGGCAGCGGGGCGCGGGCGCGGACACGGCCCCCGCGGGACACGGACACGGGCGCGCUCCACCGCCCGCGGGCGGGCCUCUUGGCGGCAGAGGGCCGUCGUCGGGAAGGCACCGCGCAGCCCCAGGUCUGCUUGGGAACCUCUCCUGAUGCGCUCGCGCAAAUAACUCAUCCCUUCUGGAACUGUAUUUAUUAUGGCUGACUCCAUAAACAACUAGCACGUUCCUAGAAAGUUGAAAGGUAGCGGUUUGUUUAAAUUAAUACCCCAUAUUUAAAAAAGUUACCCUGUAUUACAUUGUUCGUGUUCGCUUACAAAGCAAAGUGCGCAUUCCCACCAUUGCUUCUCUGCUGUUAGCUGAUGGAUUGCCUUUUCUGCCUGGGCUGGCCUACCACAAACCUGGGUGAAGUGUGGGAUCGCCAGCCACGUUCAGGUUCUCGUGUAGUAAGCACUUGAAUUGCUUUUGUUGUUACUCUGUCAGGCAGGGUGAAACCUCUGGCCCUCUAGUCUUUAACUUCCUUUCCCCCCCCCCUUUUCUUUUAACAGCACAUAUUCUACUCACAUAAAAUAUUGUUCUAGUACUUAACCUAAAGCUGUGAUUCCCAUUUGUGUUUUCAAAGAAGGGCACCAUUCUGGCAGAGUACUCUUUAAGGCUUGCUUAUCUGUGACACUAAGCUGUUGUAACUCCUAGAGCCAGCCAGAAAGGCUUAUGUCAGAUCCUGAGAAUGCUGAUGCAGACUUUUAUAGUAAGGAGCCUUAGCAGUGAUUGUAGUUUCAGAUCCUAAAUUUAAGAGCCCAGUUUCCUAGUUUUUUUUAGCAGACAAAAAGUAUUUGUCUGUUCCUACACAAUGACAUUUAUUGUUGGUGCCUCUGUACUUUUGCUAGCUAAGCUAUUAUUAAAAUUAUUUGUGCUCCUAGACAAUAGCAGAAGUGCCUAGUAGGGAGGAAGGGGAAGAUUGGAUUAUUUGAGGUUUUAGAAUCACCAAUAUUUAAUCGUCAAUUUGGUGUAAUAUGGCUACUAGGUUACAGAUACUGCAGGCAGAAUCACUGUUUGGAUGAAAAAAGUUAAUAUGUUGUUUUAAUAAAUAUUUGAAAACAAUGUUAAAGCACAUUAUUUUUUUCUCUUACUGUUCUGCUUCAGUCAUUCUUGAUUUAAAACAUACUGUUGUAAUGCAUCUAUUCAGCAAAACUCUGGGAAUAUGUAGACUCUGCCAAAUGAAAUAACUUGCUUUUUAGUAAAAAUAAAUAAAAAUUUACAGGCUUAA